AUGACCGUCCUACUGCCAAGCAUGGCGGAUUUCGACACCAUCUACGAGCUGGACGAGGACGACGAUCGGGUGGUGAGCGAGGAGCACGCGGCCAGAUACUGCCCCGAGCCCGUGGUGAUGCGGGGUGCCGGCCACAUCACCGUGUUUGGCCUGAGCAACAAAUUCGACUCUGAAUUUCCUUCAGUUCUUACAGGAAAGGUGGCUCCCGAGGAGUUCAAGACAAGCAUGGGCCGGGUGAACACGUGCCUAAAGAAGAACCUUCCCAUCAACGUGAAGUGGCUUUUGUGUGGCUGCCUGUGCUGCUGUUGCACAGUUGGUUGCAGCCUGUGGCCUGUCAUCUGUCUCAACAAGAGAACGAGAAGGUCCAUUCAGAAAUUAUUAGAAUGGGAAAACAAUAGAUUGUAUCAUAAGCUGGGACUGCACUGGAAACUCAGCAAGAGGAAAUGUGAAAGCAGUAACAUGAUGGAAUAUGUAAUUCUUAUAGAAUUCUUGCCCAAAUAUCCAAUCUUCAGACCAGACUGAAGAGGCAGAUCGGAUGUCCCGGUGUGCAACCCUCCAUUCCUACACUUAGUGCCUUGUAGAUAUGGUGGACUGAUGGUCUAUGCUGCUGUGUUGUGACAACCCCCUCCUUGUCCCUCCUCUACAGUAGAACUACAACACUGUCACUUUGCUUUAGAGCAGAUUUUGCACAUAUUCUUGCAUAGUGAGGCUCCUUUGUUGCACUUGGACAUUUUUUGUUUAAUGGAGAAAAAGAUUGUUUUUCUGUGAAGAAUUUUAUCAUGCUGCCUCACUUGGGUGGAGUGACAACAAAACAUGUUAUAAGUGUGUAGGUCACAAAGGACAGCUUGAAGAAAAUGACAGCAUCUUCAUUGAGCACUUAAAAUUGAACUAGAUUUCCUGUGAUUGAAGACACUGGGAAACUCUAUUCCUCCCUGUAGCACGUAAUGUAUUCAUCAGUUUUUGUAUUGGAUUAUUAUUUCAAGGGCAAAAACCCUAUACAAAUGUAGAAUUUUCUUAUUUGCCAUAUAAAAAAAAAAAAAAAAAAAACUUACCCUUUCAGUUCAAAUUCAGCAAGUAGAAUUCAAUCAAGAAACGAACGGAAUUCUUUCUUCAAAUAUUUAGUUUUAUUUUCCAUCUUUCCCACAUAAUCUUAAAAUUUAUUCUAAAGAAAUGGUCAGGAGAUACAACUUUUUUUGUAGUUUAGGUAAUGUUUCUUCCUGCUUUUCAAAAGAAAACUCUUUCUAUACCAAGAUGGUAACUGGCUCAUGUAACGUAUACGUAAUUGCUUUAGGAAAAGGUAUACAGUGUUAUGCCAUUGUUUACAGAAUGUAGUUUUUUUGCCAAGGUAUUGAUGUACAGUAGCUAUAUGAAAGAUGAGUAACCUUUCUGCAUAAAUGGACCUGUUUACCUAGUAAGCCAUACUGUUACUAUGUAGAUAAUGCCGAUCCUGAAAAUUUCACGGUAGCGCACUGAAGGUGGGUUUCAUUUUUCCAUUUGACCAACGUCAUAGACUGUUAUUUACAAUAACAGUAGUGAUGCAAGUUGAGUGGGUUUUGCCAACUGAAGAAGAUAUGACUUUAAAAAGUCUUAAGUCAUUGCACAGAUGUGUAUUCAUGGCUCUUCACUGUUUUUUUGACAUGAUUUUCACUCUGAACAGAAAUGGGCAUCUCUCAAUCUCCUUGAAAUUGAUGUAGAUGUCUGCUCCACCUACACAAACAUCAACUGCAGCCGGUGAAGAAUUCAAGUUAGCUGCUCCAUUGUAAUGUUAUAACAUUUCGGUUUUUGUUACAUUUCAGUUUUGCGUUUUCUGAGCUGUGCUAUGUGACUGCAGUAGUUUUGUGCAGAUGCUGCAUGCUGGUACAGGCCGGUGUACCAGUGAAUGUAGUGUUUCGGUUCCUGUUACACAGAACUCCCAGUGCACAGUUGGGUUCAGGCCUUACAGAUGCUUAUCAUGGUCCUGCUCUGGCAAAUUGGUCAUGCACGGGGAGUUCCGCCGAACAACAACAGUUCAAUCUCUUAGUGUCCCUUCUCUAGCAGAGGACUUGUACUCAUGUUUUCCAAAUCCUUGCUGAACUAAGGAAAACUGAAAUAAACUGUUACCCC